AUGAUUCGGAGUAGCGACAUCAACCGUUUGAAUGAAGGUAGACAUGUCACAGGCCACAUUGAUGAUAAGAGUCAACGAGUCCUAUUUCCAAGGAGGAAUAGGGACUCAGGAGUGGAGAGACCGCUUGAUGUAUUGCUACGCUACCUAGAGGAUGCUAGUUUCGCCCAUGUAGCUCCAGUUAUAGAUUUUCACUUCGAUAACUUGCUCCUGUUGGCAUUUGUUGAGAGAUGGCGUCUCCAUUCGUUCCACAUGCCGUGGAGUGAGUAUACCAUCACCCUUCACGAUGUCGGUUAUUACCUUGGCUUGCAGACACAUGGGGAGUCGUCACUGCAUCGAGAGCCGUGGCAGGGUGUGCGGUAUGCCGAGCCUUUCACCAUUAAGAUAACAUGGUUGAAGGCUCGUCUGAUACAGUUGCCUGCUGACGCUGCACCAGAUGUACUCUGGCACUAUGCACAUUAUUACAUACUUAGAUUGAUCGGUGGGUUACCGAUGACAGAUAAAUCUAGUGGCAUCGUACAUGCUAGAUGGAUCCCAUUGAUUGUUGAUUUUGAGAGAUGCAUGCAGUACUCGUGGGGUUCUCCUAUGCUCGCUGGACCUACCACUCUUUAUGCAUGGCUAUCAAUGGGUGACUUAGCUUGA